UACCCAUAAAUUAUCAUGAACUACCAAGACUUUGUCAGAGCAGCAUUCCGCACAAACUUUCUAUUAUACUGCAAGGCAUUCACAUUGCUUUGGUCUGUUCUACUUGUAAGCAGCUCAAGGUGCUGUGAUCAUUUGAUUGGAAAGUGUCCAUCUAAUUAUUGUCUAUUAGGCGAUGCAUGUGUUGAAGUGGAGAAAUGUCGGAAUAUUAAUGUGACUUCUUGUGUUUUGUGUGACGUUCGUGUGCUGCCUCGAGCUCCAAACUCCACAUCCAAAUCUAAUCAUGACUCACAGAGAACUGCUCAACUACACAACACCAACAUAACCAUACAAACAUCGAAUAUAUUUAAUUACAAUAAAACUACAUCUGGGGAUACAAAUAGAAACAAUCAGCAAGUACAAAUGCUGGAACAACUCAGCCCACAAACCCAUGCUAGUGCAAAUAGAAAGAAAAGAACAAAAAGAUCAUACGAACACAGAAAGUCUGGAGGUGCAAGCAGGAAGCAUCACAAUAGGAAGAAAGUCAAAGUAGCUCACAUGCCCAUCAAUACGAUUCACAAAGCAAACAAUCAAGUCACAUUUGGUACACUCCUGAACAUGCAAACAAGAGGUAAGUCACUUCUAAAAAAACUAAAUGAACUGAAGUUCAAGCUGCAAAGAAAGAGUGAAAGAGAAUUACAAAAGAAGAAAACAAAGUCAAGGCAGUCAAAAACAAAGUUGCUGCUUCGUGAAAUCUCGAAUCUACUUGAACAAUGUCACAAGUUCAUUGCACAGACAAACAACUUGUUGGGUAGAAGGAAAAGAAUAGUUGCUACUCACAAUACAAUACAUGUGAAUUUGACCAAUCAAGACGAAGGCAAAUGGAAAAGACUAAGCAAUCCUGCAACGAGAAUAAUGAAGGAGCUGCAUCUAUUUAAUACAAGGUACAAUACUCAUCAGCUAAAUAAAUUGCUAACAUCUCCUAUAACAAAUCAAGAGAUUCCUGAAGUGGCUGACGCCUUGAUGGCGUAUGGUAAACAAGUUAAAGCAAUCACACAGCCAGUUGAGAGUACAGACAAUGUGAAUGGCAAUUGGAAAGUAGAAGAAAGACGUAAGGACACGGCAUCCCGAGUUGUAAAGGACAUAGUGAGCAACCUCAAGAACCCUCUGACAAAACAUGAAAUAUCAAAUCUCGUUGAAUGGGCAAUGCUAGAUCCGCACUCUCAGUUCCUCUUGCACAAGACAGUCUUAACGUGUUACGCAACAAAACUAAUGGAAUUGGCCAGAAGAGUCGACGAACUCCAAUUUAGCAAAGAAACAGAAACACCGCCCUUCACAGUAAACAAACUAAUCAUAGCCGGACAAGGUCUUGCUGCAAGACGAGCACUACUGACUGCCAUAUGGAACCUGCAACUAGACGACUCAUUCAGACAGAAAUUCAAAAAAAGCCAAAUGAAGAGAUACAACAGCAUCGAUUGGAACCACAUGACUAUGGCAGAUAAGUUACCACUAAAACCACUAUCAAUGAGAAAGCUCCUUAAACUUAUCAAGGAAGAAACAGAAUCGUUGUAA